CUCUAUUUUGUACUCUUUCUACUUAAUAUAAAUAGGACACAACCCCUCAAUACUCGUUACCAAAAAUCUAAUUCAAUCUUUCUUCAUCCAAUUUUCUGCAGCCAUGGCAGCAGCAACACCAUUGUUGAAAGAUGAGCUUGAUAUAGUAAUACCCACAAUAAGAAAUCUUGAUUUCUUAGAAAUGUGGAGACCAUUUUUUCAGCCAUACCAUUUAAUUAUUGUUCAAGAUGGUGACCCUUCAAAAACCAUUAAAGUACCUGAAGGAUUUGAUUAUGAGCUUUAUAAUAGGAAUGAUAUUAACAGGAUUUUGGGUCCUAAAGCUUCUUGUAUUUCCUUUAAGGAUUCUGCUUGUAGGUGCUUUGGGUACAUGGUUUCCAAAAAGAAGUAUAUCUACACCAUUGAUGAUGAUUGCUUUGUGGCCAAAGACCCAUCUGGCAAGGAGAUCAAUGCACUUGAGCAGCACAUAAAGAACCUCCUGUGCCCAUCCACCCCACAUUUCUUCAACACUCUGUAUGAUCCAUACAGAGAAGGUGCAGACUUCGUCCGCGGCUACCCUUUCAGCAUGCGCGAGGGUGCUCCAACAGCUGUUUCUCAUGGCCUGUGGCUCAACAUCCCUGACUACGAUGCACCCACACAGCUUGUUAAGCCUCAUGAGAGGAACACAAGGUAUGUUGACGCAGUCAUGACAAUUCCUAAAGGCACUUUGUUCCCCAUGUGUGGAAUGAACUUGGCGUUUGACCGAGAGCUCAUUGGACCUGCAAUGUACUUUGGUCUCAUGGGUGACGGUCAGCCAAUUGGUCGUUACGACGAUAUGUGGGCCGGCUGGUGUACCAAGGUCAUAUGUGAUCAUUUGGGCCUGGGGAUCAAGACUGGUCUGCCCUACAUAUGGCACAGCAAAGCCAGCAACCCUUUUGUUAACCUCAAAAAGGAGUACAACGGCAUCUUCUGGCAAGAAGAGAUCAUCCCCUUUUUCCAGGCUGCAACCCUUCCUAAAGAGUGCAAAACUGUUCAACAAUGCUACCUCGAGCUAUCAAAGCAGGUCAAGGAUAAACUUUCCAAGAUAGAUCCCUAUUUCACCAAGCUCGGAGAUGCCAUGGUCACAUGGAUUGAAGCUUGGGAUGAGCUCAACCCUACUGGGGAAAACUUGGCUAAGCUAUCCAUCGCCGAUGGUCCAGCAAAGGCGGCAAAGUAGAUGCUAUUUAGCUUUUGCUCCUUUUCUUUAACGGCUAAGAGAUUUUGAGUUGAGCAGAGCUUGGAUUACUUAUUUAUCUUUAUCUAUUUACUUGUUUUAAUUUUGGUUGAGGAUUUGUCAUAUUGCUGCUAUGUAGACCAGCUUUUGCUUCCCUACUCUGAAACAUCAUAGGAGUAUUAUUUAUUAGGUUUAGCUCCAAACUUGAGAUUAGCUUGAGAUUAUUAUCUAUAUCAAUAAAAAUGGUUUAGUUGCAGCUAGGCUUC